GCUAACGACGUUAUUAUGCGUCAAACGGCCACCGCGUCACAGAUGAAUUCAUAUUUCUAGAAACUUCUGACCUACGACCCCUGAAAAUACUCGUAGUCAUUGCGUAGUUGGUUCGCUUGUAAAGCUUCAGUAGCGCUUGUUGCUGGUUUUAUAUUGAACUGUGGAGCUGGUCACUGCGCACGCUCAUUCAAUCCUUAGCUCCGUCUGGUGGACGUGAAAUUGCAGCAUGGACCCACGGAAAGUGGCCGAGCUGAAGGGCUUCGUGCAGUUGUGCGAGGGUAAUCCCGGGAUCCUGCACCUUCCAGAGAUGGGCUUCUUCCGGACGUGGCUGCUAAACAUGGGUGCAACAAUCCCUCCACCACCCAAGACAAGUGACUCAUGCCAGGGUGGCUGUCCCUGUGGCCCUCCACCCACCGCAGCGUCACCUCCUGAGCCUGAGCCUGCGCCUGCUGUGCCGUCUGAGAGUGAGGAGAGUGAAAUCGAAAUCGACAGAGAGGGAGUGAUCGAGCCAGACACUGAUGACCCGCAGGAAAUGGGCGAGCUUCAAGACACUGAGGUCACAGAGGAAAUGAUGGACCAGGCCAAUGAGAAGAAGAUGGAGGCCAUUAACGCUCUAGGAGAAGGUGAUCUGCAGAAAGCUCUGGAUCUUUUCACUGAAGCCAUCAAGCUGAACCCCUGCCUUGGCAUCCUCUAUGCCAAGAGAGCAAGUGUCUACAUCCAGAUGCAGAAACCCAACGCAGCCAUAAGAGACUGUGACAGAGCCAUCAGCAUCAAUCCAGACUCUGCACAGCCUUACAAGUGGAGGGGGAAAGCUCACAGGCUGCUGGGACACUGGGAGGAGGCAGCCAGGGACCUGGCCACAGCCUGUAAACUGGACUAUGAUGAGGAUGCCAGUGCAAUGCUGAAGGAGGUCCAGCCAAAGGCCAACAAAAUCAUAGAGCACAGACGCAAAUAUGAGCGCAAGAGAGAAGAGAAGGAGAUCAAAGAGAAGCAAGAGCGGAUAAAGAAAGCCAGAGAGGAGCAUGCACGGGCUCAGAGGGAAGAGGAAGCACGACAGGCCGGAGGAGGAUUCUUCCCAGCAGGUCCGGGUGGAUUCCCAGGCGGAUUCCCAGGUGGAGCUGGAGCUGGUCCCGGCAUGGCUGGUCUAGGUGAACUCCUGAAGGAUCCUGAGCUCCUCAAUGCCAUGAAGGACCCUGAGGUGAUGGCCGCCUUCCAGGAUGUCGCCCAGAACCCGGCCAACAUUGCCAAGUAUCAGAACAACCCCAAAAUCAUGGCCCUCGUCACCAAGCUGAGCUCUAAAUUUGGAGCUCCUCCACAGCCAUAGACAGGACGGGACCGAAAUGGGAGAGAAGAACGAGUGGAUACGUGGUGAAACAAUCUGGAGAGCAAAGCUUUUCAACAAUUAUUCACUGUGUGUAGUUCAAACAGGGGAGCAGGUGACGGGUUAACUGGCAUGGUGUAGAGGAAGGUUGGCAACUUUUUUUUUUUUAUGUUCUUAAUCAGCCUGUUAGCACUUAGCAACAUGUCAACAAAGCAGCCCGGUGGUUAGGAGUCAGGUCUGAUACUUAUACACCCCGUCCAGCACUUCUCAGCUGGGAAUUCACUUAAGCCACAGGUUGACGUUUUCUAACCUGCGUCAUGAACAGCCAAACCAGGAGCCUCCUGCAUUAAGACGCUAGCUUAGAAACAUUUCUACAGCCGUUUAAUACUCACUAUGAUCUAGCUACUGGUUUCUUUCUUUCUGUUGACGGAGCUGAACUCACACCACUGCGGGCCCUUCUUGUUAUCAGACAUAUUAUUAUAAAAAGUAUUGAACAUGUUUGACCCUGUUGGAAAAAUAAUUCACAAAAAUAAAAGCUCUGUUCCUGCAAAUCAGGUUUGAUCUGCAUUUCUAGUUCUGUUUCCCUUUAAAUGUCAUGUGUAAAAGAGUUCACUCAUUUUUAUUUUGACUUCAGUUUUCCUGUGAUAAUUAAACUGGAAAGAAUCAGAAAA